AUGAACCCCACACAACAGAAAUACUCAAUCUACGAUCAGGAAAUCCUAGCGUUGGUCACGGCCCUGGACAAGUGGUCUCAUUCACUCCGUGUCGCAAAAGUUACAGCUCAUACAGAUCACCAAGCUCUUACGCAUCUCCAGCAACUCCAAGCAUCGAAGCCUCUGCGCGGAUGCACCACCCGGUGGCUAGAUUUCCUGGCCCAGUUCCCGGAUUUACAGAUCACUUAUGUUCAAGGAGCGCGAAAUCAGGUGGCUGAUGCCUUGUCUCGCCUUCCGGGUCUCUCUAACACCUGCUCGCAGGACACACUAACGACUCCGUUUAUGCUUGUAGUAGAACAAACGCGUGCGGCUCCUCGCUCUCGCGGUCGGCCGGCCAACUACAGGGAGCUCGCCGGCAUUCGUUCCCGACGAUCCAGACAACGCACCUUGCCAUCAACACUUUCAACCCCUCCGCCUGAGCCCAAUCCAGAGGCGGAACAUCCUACACCUGCAACGAAGACACGAGCUGACCCUCCUGAAGCGCCUGAAUGGCCGCAUGCUUACUCGAACUGUCCUGUUUUCCGCGCUCCCUACGAAGUCGCUGUAAAACAACCAGGAGACGCUAUACAGAUAGAGUUUCGCAAUCGUCACGUCACCUUUCGCUAUGUGCCAUCUUACUUGCACAAUUGUAUCCAUGGACUACGGCGAAUGUGUGUUCCACAGUUCCCUGAGUUCCUUAUGCAUAUCUUGCACUCACAUCAAGACCAUGUGACAGCCGGCCAUCGAGCCCAAAAGAAGACCCUCACGGCUCUGCGCAAGCACUACUACUGGCCAGGGAUGCGUGCUUACAGUACUGUGUAUGUGUAUCCUGUACUCACUGUUGUGCGACUAAGUCUCCGAGCCAGAAACCUGCAGGCCUUCUCCAACAACUAUUCAUUCCUUUUGCAUCGAUGGGCACACGUGAGCCUCGAUUUUAUCACGAAUCUUCCCCUUACGACGACAGGGCACGACUCGAUUCUCGUGAUGGUCGACUCUCUGAGCAAGGUGGCUCAUUUCGUUCCUGCGAAGAAGUCAUUCACAGCAGCAGACACCGUGGAGCUUCUCGCAGACCGUCUUAUCCGCUACCACGGAUUUCCAGAGGUAGUCAUAUCGGACCGCGACUCCCGCUUCCAGUCGAACCUCUGGCAACAACUAUGUCACCGCUCCGCCAAGUCCUCUUCCUACCAUGCGCAAAGCGACGGUCAAACAGAAAGGGUUAACCGCACACUGGAGCAGAUGCUUCGUACCUACAUCCAGUCUGACGAACGCGAGUGGGAGCGUUUGCUUCCGGCCCUGGAACUUGCCUACAACACGACAAGCUAUUCAUCCACCGAGCUCUCUUUGUAUCACACUGCGUUCUCUGCAGCGUCUACGAUGCUGCAAUGCCCACAACUCGGGUGUUCUAAGAAAUAUUCUCAACUACUGACGCAUCGGUCUCGCGCGUUAGCCACCACGCUCACUCCUCCGAUGACUAAGCUCUUCCGGCAGCUCUGCGACAGGGCGCAGAGCCACAUACAGAAGGCAAAAUGGGAGCAGAAAUACUACGCAGACAAAAAGCGCCGAGCUGUGGAGUAUGCAGUGGGCGACAAGUUAGUUCCCCACCUCCCCGGCCCUCCAGACUUGGUUCCCCAGGAAGCCGAUACCGUCUGGCCCCCUAUCCGCGAUGCGGCAGGCAAUCCGACAGAGGAGUAUGAUGUCGUUUAUAUUAUGGACCGACGCGGCUCAGGCGCCGACGCCCAGUACCUCGUCAAGUGGCGCGGCACCACCGAAGAUCAAGCCACGUGGGAGCCCGCUAACCACCUAACAGGAUGUCAGGCUUUGCUCCGUGCUUGGCACUGCCGUCAGAGAAGACGUCUUCAGGAUCGAAAAAAUCUUGCUCCUUCCGAGGCCUAG